CUGCACAACUGCCCGCGCCCGAAGGCAUUGGCGCAUGCUCAGCAAGCAAAAGAGCUUGCAAAACUGGGACUGGAUCUCCGAGCAGACGUCACUCAAGAAAAGAAAGCUCCGCCCUUCUCAAGAUGGCGCUGUACUCAAUGAGAAAGGCGCAUAGGUGCUGGAGAUUCAUCCGGGCACUUCAUAAAGCACCUGACGCUGCUCCCGCUCCCCAGGAACUGUCACAGUGGAAACCCUGGCCCCUUGAACCACAGCAACAGCAGAGGAAGACACCGAGGCACAAAUACUUGGCAAAGAUCACAUACAUCAUGAUUGGAGGAGCCAGGAUUUUAACCCACAGAAUCUGCUCAAAAAAGGAAGAAUGCUUUUCACAGGGGGAUGUGUCCGUGAUCGUGUGUCCUCACGUCCUCGUUACACUAAGUCGGAAAGACGCCGUGAAGCGAAUAUUCUCUGGCAUUCAGCCUACGGGGAUCCCCCACCUUGGGAAUUACCUGGGAGCCAUUGAGAGCUGGGUGAGACUGCAGGACGAGCAUGACUCCGUGCUGUACAGCAUUGCCGACCUGCACUCCGUCACUGUCCCCCAGGACCCAGCCGUCCUGCGGCAGAGCAUCUUGGACAUGACUGCUGCUCUUCUUGCUUGUGGCAUAAACCCCGAGAAGAGCAUCCUUUUCCAACAAUCUCAGGUGUCUGAACACACGCAACUAAGUUGGAUCCUUACCUGCAUGGUCAGGCUGCCCCGCUUACAGCACUUACACCAGUGGAAGGCAAAAACUGCCAAGCAGAAGCACGACGGAACUGUGGGCCUGCUCACGUACCCCGUGCUCCAGGCAGCUGACGUCCUGCUGUACAAGUCCACGCACGUUCCUGUCGGGGAGGACCAAGCCCAGCACUUGGAACUAGUUCAGGACCUAGCACGUGGGUUUAACAAGAAGUACGGGGCGUUCUUCCCGCUGCCCGCGCCCCUCCUGACGUCGAUGAAGAAGGUGAAAUCUCUCCGUGAUCCUUCUGCCAAAAUGUCCAAAUCAGACCCGGACAAGCUGGCCACCGUCAGGAUAACAGACAGCCCGGAGGAGAUCGUGCAGAAAUUCCGCAAGGCCGUGACGGACUUCACCUCGGAGGUCACCUACGAGCCGGCCAGCCGCGCGGGUGUCGCCAACAUGGUGGCCAUUCACUCGGCGGUGACAGGACUCCCUGUGGCGGAGGUGGUCCGCCGAAGCGCGGGCAUCGACACUGCGCGCUACAAGCUGGUGGUGGCGGAUGCCGUGAUCGAGAAAUUCGCCCCCAUUAAGAGUGAAAUUGAAAAACUGAAGCUGGACAGGGAACACUUGGAGAAGGUUUUACAAGUCGGGUCAGCGAAAGCCAAGGACAUAGCAUAUCCCGUGUGCCAGGAGGUGAAGAAGUUGGUGGGCUUCCUGUAGGACUUUCAGCCAUCACAAAAAGGCUUUUGCGUUUUGUGAUCUGGACACUCCGAUAAAGGCAGCUUUCCUCACAAGCAAAAAAAACAAAACAAAACAAAAAACCCCUGUAGUUUUGGGACAUUUAAUUUGGUAUACUUGAUGAUUGGCUUCAUUUGAUGAAUAAUACGUCGCAGCCUUCAAAUAGAGCAAAGCGCCAAAUCUCACUGGCAAAAUGCUGUGGCCAGAAAAAAAAAACAAAAAAACAAGAAGUUAUAGCUAUCUGAACCCUCAAUUUUUGAGACCACUCCUUGGCCUGAAUUUAUCUCCGUGGAUGUGAUUGAGGUGAGCGGUAAUUUGGAAAACGGGGUGUCGCUUGUGUCUCUCUUAAGCGUGCACUGUCACAGGUGGUCACUCUAUCUAUCCCAACCCUUUUGUAGUAAUAUGUAGAGGUCUUAGAAUCCUUGGGAGGCCAUUUGGUCCAUUUGUAUUCUGAUCUCAUAAAAAAACGAGUUUUUUAUUAUAGUUCAUUUGUCAUUGAGACGGUGCCUGCCUUAACAUAUUUAAGCUAACUUGUUUCCCAGGAGACCACAUCGAUUGUUCCAGCAAGUUUUGUUUGUUUGUUUGUUUGUUUGUUUAAUUCAGAGAUACAUGAUAUAAUCUUCUGAGAAGGUUGCAUUAUUCCAACUUGAUUUAUUUAUCGUUCAGGAGCCCAAUGUCCUGGAUUAUGUUCCUUAGUGCUUCCUUCCACUUUUCUGUCAGUUCAAUGUCACCAACCCUCUGAGCAAUAUAGAGGAGAGGAGUUGCCAUUUUACCCCUGAGAAAGGAACCUCAGAGGGCGCAGUCAGCUUGGACGAUAUUACGCAGUACGUGAGAAGCAAAUCCAAGAGCAAAACCCUAUUCCUAAAGGCAGCGCUUUCGUCAUCAGCACGAAACCCUGAGAGGCUGUGUGUUUGAGACUCCAAACAUACUUGUUUUGCAGGUGGGAGCUAGAAACAGAAGACUCGACCUGCUGAUACUGUUUAUAUCAGCAACCCAACCAGGAGCUGCCUGCUUUAAAUCUGGUCCCAUUUACUACUCAGAAUCCCCAAGGCAGGUCCCAAGUUCUGUCUCCCAUGCUUAGUGCAGGUCCUUUGAGUAGACUCUGCCUACGUAGACUACGUAGGGCAGUAGUGAGCCGACAGAUCACAUUUCCCCAGCGAGUGGAAGCUUCUCAUCCCACCCCUCCCUCGGCCUCUCUCAGUACUAACAAGUCACUCUGAAACCUGGCUUCUCUGCACUUCCCUCUCCCACACCUGAAAAUGGAAGAGGUCACCAUGACUUACCAGGAUCUGUUAGCAAGAUUGAGUUUGUAACGGAAAUUGCUUAUGAUUUUUUUGCCAACGAGUAUAAUGGUCAUCAUUUAUGCAUAAGGGACUGGUAUGUUGGGGCAAAGAAUUUUUACUCGUGUUUUACUCGUGUUGAAGAAGUUGAGUGGGCUUUAUAUCAACAGAUAUAAAUGCACAAAACACUAUCCCAGGAUCCAAAUUAAAAGACCCCUUUUGGGAUCUUUUCUUGGAAUGGAGUAUCGAUAGUCUUAGAGCCUCUUUGGGCAUAUUUCUUCCAAGACUUUUUUUUCCCUUUCAAAGGAAAUCUAUCAUGAAUACUGGAAAAUGACAAAAUUAAAGAUUGAUCUAUCAAACCAU